AUGGAGUCUGUCAAGAACACUGUCGAGAACGCCGGCCAAUACGUCUCUGAGACCAUCCAGGGCACUGGUGCCACAGCUUCAAAGGAGGCCAACAAGGGUGUCGCCAAGGACAGCGACGCCAGCCUGGGUAGCCGAGCCUCCGCUGCCAAGGACGCUGUUUUCGACAAGAAAGACGAGGUGUCCCACGAUACCAAGGCCGAUGUCCACAAGGAAGCCGCUAAGAACUAA